GAGAGGCAGCUGUAGCCUGAGAGGCCGUUCACACUGCUUGUCUGUGGCCAGUGCAUGAAGCAGGGAGCUUGGACUAAGCUCUGGCCAUGAAGCAGAAGUGACACAUUACCUAGGAAUACAUCUCUCUCUCUCCUGUGGAUCUGCGCUGCACUCUUAACGUUCCCUUCUUGCAAUACCUUACAAAGAAAAAGCCAGGGAGAUGUUAAAUCCACGCUGCUGUCUGGUUUGCCUUCAGCUCCUCUUUAUCUGUCAAGUGGGUUUGGUUUUUGGAUACUAUAGACAGCAGCGAAAAAUUACUGAAGAUAUUGAUUGGUCCUACACAGAAACUUUAAGCCAAACACAUUGGGUGAACAAAUAUCCAGCAUGCAAUGGUGCCAAACAAUCUCCUAUCAACAUUGAUGAAGACCUCACUCAAGUUAACAUGAACCUAAAAAAAUUAACAUUUCAGGGAUGGGAGAAAGAAUCUUCUGACAGUACCUUAAUACGUAACACUGGAAAAACAGUGGAAAUUAAUUUGACAGGCGAUUACUAUCUCAGUGGCGGUGCCUUAGAUUCAACGUACAAAGCAGGCAGAAUAACUUUUCACUGGGGAAAAUGCAAUGCCUCGUCUGAUGGAUCAGAACAUAGUUUGGAAGGCCAGAAAUUCCCUUUGGAGAUGCAAAUCUUCUGCUUUAAUCAUAACCAGUUUGAAAGUCUGGACGAGGCAAUAAAUGGAAAAGGAAAAUUAAAAGCUUUAUCCAUUUUAUUUAAGAUUGGGCAAGAAGAUAAUGCAAAUUAUGAAUCAAUUAUUGAUGGAGUAAAUAGUGUUCAUCGUUUUGGUAAAAAAGCUGCCAUGGAACCUUUUGUGUUAUUGAACCUGCUGCCAAGUUACACAGAUAAAUAUUACACGUAUAAUGGGUCAUUAACUAUUCCUCCUUGCUCAGAAACAGUGGAAUGGAUUGUUUUCAAAGACACUGUCACCAUUUCUGAAAGCCAGCUGGAAUAUUUUUGUGAAGUACUCACAAUGCAGCAGUCUGGAUAUGUUAUGGUGAUGGAUUAUUUGCAAAACAACUUCAGACAACAGCAAUACCAGUUUUCCGGACAAGUGUUUUCAUCUUAUACAGGGACAGAAGAAAUUCAUGAAGCUGUUUGCAGUUCAGAACCAGAAGAUGUUCAGGCUGAUUCUAAGAAUAUCACAAGUCUUCUAAUAAUGUGGAAGAGACCUCGGGUUGUUUAUGAUGCAAUGAUCGAGAGAUACAUGGUCUACUAUCAAAGACUGGAAGGAGAGGACCAAUCAAAACAUCAAUUUCUGACAGAUGGGUAUCAGGACUUGGGUGCUAUUUUACAUCAUUUGGUGCCUAAUGCAAGUUAUGUUGUACAAGUAGUGGCUAUGUGCACAAAUGGCCUUUAUGGAAAACGAAGUGACCAAGUGAUUGUUGAAAUGACAAUGGAUGGCACAGGGUUUGAUGUUUUUACUGAUUUUACAGAAACUGAAGAGGAUGACGAGGAUAGUGAAGAAAUAACAGAAGUGAAAGAAAACAAUAACCCUAGGAUACCUUUGAGUACUAUUAGUACUAUAAACCAAAUACAGGGACAGGGAGCCAAAGCAACAUCUUCUAGCUAUAUCAAAGAAGAGCAGGGUUCACCACCACAAGAAGCUGUAACUGUAAAUUCAGAGAAUGCCUUUUUGCACCCUUUUGUACAGUCUACAACCAAAACACCAGUUGAUGCAACUACCCCUUCAUAUGCAGACUCUUUUAAAGAUAAGUUAUCAUCCCAAAAUCAAGCACAGGAAGACACAACUGGUAAAAGUAUAGAAUUAAAAAGUAGUGUUGAUUUAUGGAGUCUCAAUAACUCAGAUACUACCAAAGGUAUUGAUAAAAUUGAUACACAGACUGACACAAUAAGGGAAGAACAGAGGACAACUACUAACUGGAAAAAAAGAAUUUUCAUGCCCACUAAGAAACCUGGUCUGAUAUUAAAUUAUACUUUGCAUUCUAGUCCAGCAAGCUCUUCAUAUACAAUUACUACAGAGAAGAUGUCUCAGGGAAGUACAGUUUCUUCAAACUCUCCACCACCAUACAGAGAUAAUGAAGACAUACUAUUAAAAGGCAAAGAAGUAGCUGAGAGCAUGAUCCCUACCAAUAACAUUACUGCUUCUUAUCCAUCCUAUUCUACAUCCCUUCCUCCUCAUAGUGAGAAAAAAGAUGUGUCUGGUUCAACCAAAGGCAACACUGAUGAAUUAUUGUCCACAGCAUCUUCCAGUGAAGCAAAGCUAUUGGCCGCUACUUUGCUUCCAGUAGUAGAGAUGCCGCAUGUUUCAGCUUCUACUUUUCCCCCUGCUGAAGAUCUAAUUCAUUCAGUUUCUCCAAGCUUUGGACUACAUGGUUCUGCUUCUUCUGCAAGUGAGGUACUCUCUCAGACAACUCAAGCAAUACCUAAUGCUGAUUCUCCAAACAGUGAGAGUCCUAGCACGUUAUCAAUGAUAACAGCUACAUCUAAAACACCAUUUCCUAAGUUGUCUACUGUGAGCUCAGAUACCAAAUCAGGGUAUUCUGUUGUAGAUGAGGGGUUCCUUGUAAUAGCUGGUACAGAUUCCACAUCACAUACAGAAACCCAAGAAAAUGUUGUAGCUGAUGCUAGCAUUUAUGUACCCAGUGUAAUGGAGAAGAGCAAUAGAAAUGUAAGUGACCAAUCAGAACAGCCUGAAGAAGGAAGUGCUCUAUCAACAACUUCAGUGGACAGUCAGAUAAGCUCCGAUUUUGGAGCAAGAAUUCUUUCAACAGUACCACCUUCAGCUUCAACCGCUUCACCUAAGAUGUUCGCCAACACAAAUACACCGGAACCUCAUGUUGAGACUGUAAAUAUCCCUAUGGAAAAUACAUCUGAAUCUAAUGCAUGGGCCUUUCUUACCAGUGAUGAAGAAAGUGGCUCUGGUCAGAGUACAUCAGAUAGUCUUAGUGAUAAUGAGACUUCCACAGAUUUCAAUUUUUCUGAUCUUAAUGACAGAGACAGAGACUUUGAGGUUGCAGUUGACCCAGGUAAAGCUGAUUUAACUACUGGAUCUGAAAUGACAUCAGCACCAUCUGUAACUAGUGAUCAUUCAACAGUAGUCAACGUAUCUGAGGCAGAGGCAAGUAAUAGUAGCCAUGAGUCUCGUGUUGGUCUAGCAGAAGGUUUGGAAUCAGAAGAGAAGACCCUUAUACCACUUGUGGUUGUCUCAUCCCUGACUUUCAUCUGCCUUGUGGUUCUUGUGGGUAUUCUGAUCUACUGGAGGAAAUGUUUUCAGACGGCACAUUUUUAUUUAGAAGAUAACACAUCACCAAGGGUAAUUUCCAGCCCCCCUGCUCCAGUAUUCCCAGUUUCAGAUGAUAUUGAAGCAAUUCCUUUAAAGCGAUUUCCAAAACAUGUUGGAGAGCUGCAUGCGAAAAAUGGAUUUACUGAAGAAUUUGAGAAACUGAAAGAGUUUUACCAGGAGAUUCAAACUUGCACUGCAGACUUAGGUAUAACAUCUGAUAGUUCCAAUCAUCCAGAUAACAAGAACAAGAAUCGAUACAUAAAUAUUGUCGCAUAUGAUCACAGCAGAGUAAAACUUUCCCAGAUUUCAGAUAAAGAUGGAAGGGCAACUGAUUACAUUAAUGCAAAUUAUGUUGAUGGAUACAAUAAGCCAAAAGCAUAUAUUGCUGCACAAGGACCCUUAAAAUCAACUGCAGAAGAUUUCUGGAGAAUGGUAUGGGAACAUAAUGUAGAAGUCAUCGUUAUGAUAACCAACCUUGUAGAAAAGGGAAGAAGGAAAUGCGAUCAGUACUGGCCAAGUGAUGGCAGUGAAGAGUUUGGAGCAUUUUUGAUUACUCAUAAGAGUAUUCAUGAACUAGCUUAUUAUACAGUGCGGAUAUUUACAAUUAGAAACACCAAGAUUAAAAAGGGAUCCCAAAAAGGUAGACCUAGUGAACGCACAGUGACCCAGUAUCACUACACUCAGUGGCCAGAUAUGGGUGUUCCAGAAUAUACUCUUCCUGUUCUUACCUUUGUGAGAAAGGCUUCAGCAACAAAACGUAGGUCCAGCGGACCCGUUGUGGUGCAUUGCAGCGCUGGUGUUGGGAGAACUGGAACAUACAUUGUGCUAGACAGCAUGUUAGAGCAGAUUCAUCAAGAAGGAACUGUAAACAUUUUUGGAUUUUUAAAGCACAUUCGUUCUCAAAGAAAUUAUUUGGUUCAAACUGAGGAGCAAUAUAUCUUCAUUCAUGAUGCUUUGGUUGAGGCAAUUCUAAGUCGAGAGACAGAGGUUUCUGAGAACCAUCUUCACGCCUAUGUAAAUGCUCUCCUAACAGCAGGCCCAUCUGGGAAAACAAGACUGGAGACACAGUUCAAGUUAUUAAGUGAACCUAACAUUCUGCAGUGUGACUAUUCAACGGCAUUGAAACAGCAAAAUAGGGAUAAAAACAGGACAUCUUCUGUCAUUCCAGUUGAAAGUGCAAGAGUCGGACUAUCGUCAUUGGCUGGAGAAGGAACAGAUUACAUUAAUGCCUCAUAUAUUAUGGGCUAUCAUGAAAGCAAUGAAUUCAUCAUUACACAACAUCCUUUACUCCACACCAUAAAAGAUUUCUGGAGAAUGAUAUGGGACCACAAUUCACAGCUAAUUGUAAUGCUUCCUGAUAACCAGAAUAUGGCUGAAGAUGAAUUUGUUUACUGGCCAAACAAAGAUGAGCCAAUCAACUGUGAGAAUUUUACAGUUUCUAUGGUUGGGGAAGACCAUGUAUGUCUCUCUAAUGAAGAAAAACUGGUCAUUCAAGACUUUCUAUUAGAAGCUACCCAGGAUGACUAUGUUCUUGAAGUGAAGCAUUUCCAGUGUCCGAAAUGGCCCAACCCAGACAGUCCUAUAAGUAAAACAUUUGAGCUCUUAAAUCUGAUCAGAGAAGAGGCAACUAAUAAAGAUGGACCAAUCAUUGUACAUGAUGAAUAUGGAGGAGUGACUGCAGGGACAUUUUGUGCCUUGUCAACACUUAUGCACCAGCUAGAGAAUGAAAACUCUGUAGACUUGUAUCAAGUAACUAAGAUGAUUAACCUCAUGAGACCUGGAGUUUUUACCGAUAUUGAGCAGUAUCAGUUCCUAUAUAAGGCUAUCCUUAGCCUUGUAAGCACGAGACAAGAAAAGAACCCUCUGUCUUGCCCAGAAAGUAACGGAGCAGCUUUACCAGAUGGUAACACAGCGGAAAGUUUGGAGUCUUUAGUAUAAAUAUGAGAAUGCUAAUGAUUGAAUUGAAAAGGUUGCGCAGCUUAGGCAUAGGCCUAUGAUGCCUGUACCUAGAGCAGCACCUUAAGAGGCGGAGCAGACAUUUAAGUUGGACUGGAGACUUGUUACCUUAUGCAUAAAACAUUACCCUUGACUAUGCCAGAAUCAUCUUUUAUGGUGUUUCAAGAGCAAAUAACUAGGGAGCUAUCAAUUAUAAAGAAAAGAGAUGAACAGAAGUUUGUAUAAACUAACUAAAAGAUACAGCAGCACAAUAAGGACAAAAAUAUGCCUCCCAAAUGUUUUGAAAGCGUGGAGAGAUUUAAUCAACCAUUGUAUUAUUUGUUUACAUUCCCUAAGCAACUAUUUUUAUUACCUACAACUUUACUGCCAGAUUUUCAUAAUUAAUAACUUGUGCCUUUUGGAAGACAUCUUGUAAUCCAUCUGUCACUUCAGGCCUAACUCGAUGGAACUUUACAGUGUUUCUAUCAAUUAAAUUGUGGGUAUGUUUCCUCAGUAUUAGUUUCCUAUUGUCAAGAUUUUAACUUAAAAUUAAACAUAUUUAUAGUUGUCAGUGUUUUUAGUUACACAAAAUAUAUAUUUUAGUGUCACAUUAAACUGUGGUAUGGUAGAUAUUUUAUGUUUAUUGGCUUUUUAUUUGCUGUUGUGUUGGAAUGUAAAUAAUUUUCUUCUCUAUAACAUUUAACAUUUCAGUAAACAUCUGUACCGACCAAUGGAAGUAAUGAUCUAACACCAACUGUAUAUAUUGUUAUAGUGAUUUCAUGGACCAAAUUUAUAUUUAUAAUUGUAGAUUUUUUUAUAUUUUACUACAGAGUCAGUUUUCUAGUUACUUGUAACUGCACUGUUAUAAUGAUGUGUAUUUUUUUUGUUGUUGAUACUAUUAUUUUUUUGUCUGUUAAGUUGUGUUUUUAGUCAGAUAUUCUUGAUGUUUUCUCUGCAUGUAAUUUUAACAUACUACAAAAAAUAAACUUUUGUUUUGAACAUU